AUGGAGGAAAACGAGGAAGGUCGUUGCCGUGAGCGCGCUUUAGUGUUCGAAGUCAAGUUUCCAGCGUCUUCGGGCUCUUGGCGACUCGCAAACGCCGUUGCAUCUUUCGCGCAAGAUCGGCCCACACAACACAUGAAGGGAGCUACUGCUGACAGCGUAAACAUUACCGAUGGUAUUUCUCCCAACACGUCCACGUGGCUUGGGGACACAUCCAUGCUGCGGCUUGAGUAUAAAAUCUUACCUUUGCUCGUUCUUCACACAAUCCGGUACCUCGAAUUGUUCAUGCUCGUUGGACACGCGACGUUGGACAGUGGUUGA